ACAGCUCCACGUGUUCUCUUCUGGUUCACAAGAAUCAUAGAUAUGUUGGUUCUUUUUGAAACUGCUGCUGGUUAUGCUAUAUUUAAAUUGUUGGACGAGAAGAAACUACAAAAAGUUGAUGACCUUUACAAUGAGUUUGAGACACCAGAAAAGGCAAACAAGCUUUUAACAUUGAAAAAUUUUGUAAAGUUUGAUGACAUGACGGAUGCUUUGGGAGCUGCCAAUGCCGCCAUUGAAGGAAAAAUGACCAAAACACUGAAGAAACUUUUGAAAAAGGUUUAUGUAUCAGAUAUACAUGAGCAGUUAGCUGUGGCUGAUAGUAAGUUAGGGAAGACAAUCAAAGACAAGCUGAACAUAAGUUGUGUUCAAAACGAUGGAGUCACUGAACUAAUGAGGGGAAUCAGGCAACACAUGACAACUCUAAUUAAUGCUCUCCCUGAUUCUGACGCUAACGCAAUGACACUUGGUUUGUCUCACAGUCUCUCGCGUUACAAGUUAAAGUUUAGUCCUGAUAAAGUAGACACAAUGGUUGUACAAGCAAUUUCACUGUUAGAUGAUCUUGACAAAGAGUUGAAUAAUUACAUAAUGAGAUGUAGGGAGUGGUACGGCUGGCACUUUCCUGAACUAGGCAAACUUGUACCUGAUAACCUCAGCUAUGUGAGGACAGUGAAGGCUAUUGGUAUGAAAGAAACCAUUAGCAGUGCUGAUUUAUCGAGUGUAUUGCCUGAGGAUGUUGAGAAGGAAGUGAGAGAAGGAGCUGAGAUAUCAAUGGGAACUGAGAUUAGUGAAGAAGACAUGAUCAAUAUAUCUCACCUGUGUGAUCAGGUGAUUGAGAUAUCAGAGUACAGGACACAAUUGUAUGAGUACCUAAAGAAUAGAAUGACAGCUAUUGCUCCAAACUUGACUCUAAUGGUUGGAGAAUUAGUAGGAGCUAGACUUAUAGCACAUGCUGGUUCGUUGAUUAAUUUGGCUAAGCAUCCUUCAUCAACAGUACAGAUAUUAGGAGCAGAGAAAGCAUUAUUCAGGGCUCUUAAGACAAAGCAUGACACUCCCAAAUAUGGUAUUAUAUAUCAUGCGUCUCUAGUUGGUCAGUCCGGCCCUAAGGACAAAGGAAAGAUAUCAAGAAUGUUAGCAGCUAAGACGUCACUGGCAGCAAGAGUCGAUGCACUUGGAGAGGAAACUGCUCCUAGCAUUGGAAUAGAAUCAAAAGCUAAAGUUGAAGCAAGACUAAGAUCCUGUGAACAAAUCAAACUAAGAAGAAUAUCUGGAUCAGGAAAGAAGAAAGUUAAACAAGUGAAAUUUGAACUGGGCAGCAGUACACCUUCACAGUAUGAAGGUGGUUCUGAUUUCACAUUUGGCUCUGGUACCAAACGUCAGUAUGAGGAGGGGACACCAACAGCUGCUGCUGGGGAAGAGAAAGUUGCAAAAAAAUUGAAACUAGAAGAGGAAGCAGUUGAUAAAGGUAGCUCACCAAAGAAAAGGAAACUUGAAAAAGAAAAGAAAUUAAAGAAAAAGGCAAAAGUGUCUGAAGAACAUUAAUGAUAGUUAAUCAAUUAAUUAAUUGAGGAACUUCACUUGUACAAUAAUAAUGUGUUUGCCUUUUGUGAAUAAAGUGUUGAUAGACACAAUUAUUUAUAAA